AUGAUUGUGAUCCAGAAUGUGGGACCCAGUUCCCCAGCGAGGAUUAGGAGACAGUGGGUGAACAGGAUUCAGUGGGGUGUCCUCUUUGGGCUGAUGGUCCUCAUCUAUGGCUCUCAUGCACCACUCAUCACUCUCACCAAGGUAGAUGGUCAAGUCCCUUUCAAAGCCUCAUCAUGUGUUGUUAUGAUUGAGCUAGCCAAACUCCUGAUUUCUCUGGCAAUUCUUGUUCUAACUGGGGGUACAUCCACCUUACACGCUCCUCCACCUCUAGUCCUCGUGGCCCCCUAUGCAGUCCCUGCCAUACUGUAUGCUCUCAACAACAACCUGGUAGUUCUCAUGCAGGCCUACAUGGACCCGAGCUCAUACCAAGUCCUCUCUAACCUGAAAAUUGCCUCCACUGCCCUGCUGUACUCCCUCUGCCUGGGCAAGAGGCUCCGGUCUGCUCAGUGGUUAGGUGUGGGGCUCCUCAUGGGAGCAGGGGUGUGCCACAGCUACAGCAGCCUGGAUCUAGGGGACCCUAAGAAAGCUGAAGCUAAGGAAGGUCCCAGGCUUCAUAUCACAGCUUGGGGGCUUUUCCUUGUGCUGGUGUACUGCUGUGUUUCAGGGCUGGCAGCAGUUUACACAGAGAGGGUGCUGAAGAGCCAGAAGCUGCCGCUCAGCUUACAGAAUCUCUACCUCUAUGUGUUUGGUGUGGCCAUCAAUGGGCUCUCCUCCUUCUCCUCUGUAGCAAGUGAAAAGAGCUUUCUGGAGGGAUACUCAGGGGUGGUUUGGACCAUUAUAGCAGGGCAGGCAGCUAACGGACUCUUGAUGUCUGUGGUGCUCAAGCAUGGCAGCGGGAUUACCAGACUGUUUGUCAUUUCCUGCUCCAUGCUGGUUAAUGCUUUGUUGUCAUGGGCCAUCUUAGGGCUGCAGCUCACACCUUUCUUCCUCCUUCCAGUUUCUAUGAUUGGACUGGCAGCUUACCUUUAUUAUAGGUAGUAAAGUCUCCACCAAAUGUACCACAUGACCCAUUGAACCCAGAAAAACUCAUUACAAUCUACCUAAACUUCUGUUUGUUCUAGUUGUUGAGUUUCAGAUAUGAUUUGUUUUCUGCCUUCUGACUUUGACAUCAAGAAUCAAACACAUGUAUUUGAUUUGUAACCAUAUACCAUAUGUCAGCCAAUGCCUAAUUUGACAAUUUCCAUCAUAUUUUAGGGGUAAAAUUUCUGUUACACUGUCGCAAGUACAUUCAAAUAAUAAUGCACGUCAGGAUUAUUAUAUCUUCAGUGAAAUAUUUCUAAAGAGUGCUGCUAUUGUCAUCUUGGUGAUUUUCUUUUGUAUUGCAUUCUCUGCCAAGAACAGUGUCAAAGAUAAUAUCAAAGUGUUGUACAGUGCGUUAAUGAUAACCAAUAAAAAGUAAAAAACU